UGUGUGUGUGUGUGGUGUUUAUGUAAAGCUGCUCUCUGUACCUCUGCACCCUGUGUGCAGCAGCUCUGUGUUCCUGGCUGGUGGAGAAGCUGUGUGGAGAUGGCCUUCCAGCAACCUUUUCUGAAUCCGAGAAUCCCCUUUACAGGCUGUAUCCAGGGUGGCCUGUUUGAAGGGAAGUCCAUCACUCUGACAGGACGAGUUCUGCCAGGAGCCGAGAGGUUUCAUGUGAACUUGCAAUGUGGCACCAAGGGCUCCCCAGAUGUAGCUCUCCACUUCAACCCUCGCUACAGCGGAUUCUUUGAUGUCGUGGUGUGCAACACCUUCCAGAAUUCAACCUGGGGCUCAGAGGAGCGGAGCUCCAAGAUGCCACUGCCCCGAGGUUCCAGCUUCACCCUCACCUUCUUGGUCAACCGUGAUUCCUAUUCGGUGAUUGUGAAUGGAACUCAUUUCCUGGAUUACCUGCACCGUCUCUCCAUCUCUCUUGUGAAUGCGAUCUAUGUGGAGGGAGGUGUAGAGAUCCAUUCCAUUGCUUUCCAGAACCCAGCUACUGCCUGUGUCCCACAGCCUGCCUUCAUACAACAGAGUUAUGGUGUCCCACAGACUGCCUUCAUACAGCAGGCCACCUUUGUGCAACAGCCUGUCUUUCAACAACCGAGGGGUCAGAAUAGAGGACGGAGCCGUAGACAUCAUAACCCAAAGCAGCAGCAGCAUCAUCAGCAGCAGCAGCAGAAGCAGCAUGCAGGAUUGUACCAGGCACCUCCUCCAUACAGCCCUCCACAGGCCUACGUUAUGCCGUACAAAACAAUUAUCCAAGGAGGACUUUACCCUGGGAGAACCAUCACCAUCCAGGGUUUGGUCAACCAAGAUGCAAACAGGUUCUGCAUCAAUCUGCGCUUCAACUCUGGCGUUGCUUUUCACUUCAACCCACGGCUCAAUGACAACCAAGUGGUGCGCAACAGCCUGCUGCAGGAAAAGUGGGGUUCUGAGGAGAGGAACGGCGGCAUGCCCUUCUACAGGGGCCAGCCCUUUACGGUGACCAUCAUCUGUGAUACCCAUUGCUACAGAAUCAUGGUCAACGGCACCCAAAUGUUCACCUACAACCACCGAUAUACCCUGCUUCAGCAGAUUGACAUCCUGGAGGUGGAGGGGAAUGUCAGUCUCAGUUCAGUCGUAGUAUAAAGGAGGAUUUUUUUUUUUUGUCUGAAAACCAGCAUUCUCAGUACAUUGUUUCUACCUUAAUACCGUUUUUCCAAAAUCUGACACUGUGUUUUGAUAUAGAACUUAUUUGAUAUAGCACUUUGUGGGAGCCUGCCUCCCACUUUAAAGGUGAAUUCCACCUUUAAACCACCUGUAAAUAAAGUCAGUGAGUAAAUAAAGAGUGGGUUUGGUGUAAAAUGUUCCAUUCUAAAGAAACUUUCAAAUUCAGAAUUGUUCUGGUUUGGGUUUAGAAUGUACUGUACAUUCACUUUUGAGGGAAGCGUGCAUGAGGGGCAUUGUAAGGUAAAAUAGUCCCAAAAGAAUAAAUCCUAAAACAUUAGUUAACAAAUUAACAUUUAACAAUUAGUGAUAAAAUGAAGGUGUGGAUAGUAAAUAAAAGGGCUAUAUUUGUGUUGUAGUUUCCUUUCUAUCUAGUUUCUUAUUACCACCAUUGUGAAGACUUUUAAGUCAACAGGUUUCUCUACAGUGAUUCAUUUUAAAUCAAACCCACACUCUUAAUAAGACAUAAAAAAUAAAUACUUCUACCUCCAAUUCGUCCAGAUCUUACUUGUUUGAGGUGGCCACUCUAUAAAAAGACCUGCCUUGUAGUUCCACCUUGCUGGUAUUCAGACCAUUAAUUGGUGUUCAGUUGCUGUCCAGCUAAUGGCUGGAUAAUAUUGGGCCAUGGACCCACUUUCAACCUUAAUAUGACACUAAUGUGCUUUAAAAACUCUACUGAAUACAACCCUGUCAGAUAAUACACUCAUUACAACACCAAACACACUACCAUGCCACUACAAUGUCAGUGUCACCUUAUUCAUGUGUCUUUAACAGCAGAUGAAUGGAAUGGAUGGGGCUCACUUAUAACUGAUUAACUACUGUAAAAUUGUGUCAUUUUAAUCUGUAUGGUGAUUGGAAAUACAAACAACAUGGUCCUAAAUGGCUAGUGACUUUUGUAGACAUAUCUUGAUACUGAAAAUGUUUACAUGACUUGUUUCUUUGGGUCAUAACUGCAAAAAAAAUCUUGUAUUUAGUGCUAAGAUAUUUUUGGUAAGCAAAUGUUUAAUCAAUUUGAUUUGUAGAAGUCUUUAUCGACCUUCAGAAAUAGCAUCUGCUUUAUUGGUGGCAGUUAUGUUCAGGACAGAGGUUGACAUAAUCAGUAAUACAAAGUAAUAUAUUAAUCAGUAACACUAAUAAAGAUAAUAAAAUAUUUAAAUAAAAUAUAAAGCUCACUGUUUAUUGCAUCUGUGUGGUUUUCAUAUGUGUUUGUACCCCUUUAAUGGUCAGUAAACAUUUUUUGUGAUCAAAUCACUGUAAUAAAAACUGCAAAAUCCAA